AUGGCGCUCAUCAACCUGUUCAACGACUCCAUGUUCAGUGACCCCUUCUCCGAAUUCGACCGCCUCUUCGACGAGGCCUUCGCUCGCCGCACUGACGGGACAGCAUCUAACAACCAGCUGCAGAAACAGCAGCCCACAAACAACGUACCCCGCGUCUUGCGCCCUAGAGUCGACGUCCACGAGGACAAGGAAAAGAACCUCGUCAACGCGACGUUCGAGCUCCCGGGUAUCAAUAAGCAGGACGUAAACAUCGACCUCCGUAGCAAUGUGCUCACCGUCUCCGGAGAGUCCAAGGACGAGUCAGAGAAGCAAGAGAACGGCUUCGUCGUGCGCGAGCGACGGUUCGGCCGCUUCGCGCGUUCAUUGCCCGUCCCAGAGGGGAUCAAGCCAGAGGACAUCAAGGCGUCGAUGGAUAAUGGUGUCCUGACCGUCACCUUCCCGAGACAGGCAGCGGUUCCUCAGCCCCAGCGGAUCACCGUGUCCUGA